AUGUCUCUCUCCCCAGCGUAUGAGCUGUGGUUCAAGCAAAUCCUGCACGAAAUUGACUCAGUGCGAGAGAUGUUCAUGCUGCCAGUCCUGGACGAAACCAAGACGUUGCUCAUUCUGAAUCGACUUAGCCGAGUGGUGCUCAUUUUAAAGCUCAUGGUAGACCAAAUUGACAUUUUGGAGACCAUGACGCCUUUGGACUUUUUAGAGUUCAGGCAAAAAAAAAGGCGUAUAAAAAUCCGUCUUGUCUCCGUCCAGUCGUCCCGUGUCAAGUACAACCAGGAACAUUACGCCAAAGUUUUCUCAGAUGCCGACAAGGUCAAGGAACUGCAAGCCUCCAUCAACGAGCCCUCUCUUUUCCAGCUGGUCGAGAAAUGGCUGGAGAGGACCCCAGGCUUGACGGUCAAGUCGUUCCAGUUCUGGGAGUUGUACAAGAGAUCAGUGGGCGUGUGGCUCCAAGAUAUGAUCCUCGCACCUGCACAGGUAAGACAUCCCUUCCUCAGAUUUACAAAACUUCUAUCUGCACAUGACCGCUACAAGGUGUUCCUGGACCUGUUCAACAUGUCCACCUACCUGAUCCCGCGUGCCUAUAUCCCGCCACUGUCAAGGUCACUCCGCCGCCAGCUGAGCAUCCUCAUCCACGAGCACACACCACGUGACUCCUCAGACGAGGACCUGGAAGAGGAAACAGCCGCCGCCGCCCGAGCUGCAAAGGAUGGUGGGAAGGGUGGUGACGUCGAUGGUCCUGAAUUCGGGAAAGUCAAGUUUGAAAUCUGAUGAUCGCUGAAGAGCAUUGCGUUGUAUUGUGUUGUGUCAAAGAUAGUAAAUAACAUGAUGGUCCACUCAGCCAAAAAAGUGUCCGCCGGAAGU